AUGACGGUCUCAGACAACACAAGAGGCCUCGCCCUCGCGGUGCUCUCCAGCGCCUUCAUCGGUGUCAGCUUCAUUCUAAAGAAGAAGGGGCUCAAGCGCGCCGGGGCUUCUGGCACGCGCGCAGGUGGGACAGAAUCCUCGAUCUCGUCGGCAAUUAUGCGUUCUAUUGUUCUCCCUAUCUGUUGGUAGCUUCACUCUAGUGCUGAUUGGUCACGUGAAUUAUACGGCCCUGGUGCUCACAUAUAUUCAUUGGGUAAUAUUGAACUUCAUGAACCUAGUUCAUUUUCAGAAACGAAGGAAAAAUUUAGGCAACACAGAAUUCCUAUUUAUCUUCUAGUAUUAUUUUGGAUAUUGGAGUUAGGGAGGAACGUCUCUUUUUAUACAAAUAUUUUGUUUAUAGCAGUUGUUCUUACAGUAAGUUUCACGCGUAUAUGUGGAGCAUGGAAUAAUACCAACUCGGCACUCAAAUCAUUUCAUGCUUGCUUAGAUAACCUUUUUACCUUUUCAAACUGCAUCUUGAAGUGUUCACCCUGUCUUUCCUUUGACAGGAUUUGGUGGUUAUGACUAUUUAUUGGAGCCACUAUGGUGGGCCGGAAUGUUGUCAAGUAAGGACAUUGUUUGAGCAAAUUAACCAAAUUUUCAUGAUUUCCUUAAUUCAGUUCUCAAAGCAUCUACUUUGGACUGAACCUUGUACGAUGGUAAACAGUGCUUGUUGGGGAGAUCGCGAAUUUUGUAGCUUAUGUUUUUGCUCCAGCAGUUCUGGUGACUCCUCUUGGUGCAUUGAGUAUCAUAGUCAGGUACAGUAUAGUAUUUCUGUUGAGGAGGAAGGAUUAUCUUGUUGAGUAUUAUUUACAUGCACCAUUCUUUCUAAACCUGGCAGUGCUGUGUUAGCACACUUUUUGCUGGGGGAGCGGUUGCAGAAAUUGGGUGUUCUAGGGUGUAUAUCGUGCAUAGUUGGUUCAGUGGUGAUUGUACUCCAUGCACCUCAGGAGCGUUCCCCAAGUUCUAUUGAUGAAAUCUGGAUGCUUGCGACGGAGCCUGGUAUAUGCAUAUAAACGUUGACUGAUCUUAUUUUUAAGCUGUGUCAGAUUUUUUUCAUAAUUUAAUUAAAAGUUAGCUAACGAUUUCGUUUUUCUAUCCCCAGCAUUCUUAGCCUAUGCUACUGUUACCAUAUCAAUUGUUUGUAUCCUGGUGCUGCAUUUUGAGCCUCGGUAUGGGCAGUCGAACAUAUUGGUUUAUCUGGGCAUCUGCUCUCUGAUGGGAUCAUUGACGGUAACUUCAUGCUACUUUUACUUAUUAGGGCUUUAAGCUCUCAAAGUAGAUUAUUGUUGAGUGCUAAAUGCUACUCAUCGUCCUUGUGUAGGUGGUUAGUAUAAAAGCCAUUGGGAUUGCCAUAAAGCUAACAUUAGAGGGAAUCAAUCAAGCAGCUUACCCUCAAACCUGGCUUUUUGCGUCAGUUGCUGUAAUCUGUGUAUUCACUCAACUAAAUUACCUUAACAAGGUCGGUAAAUCCUGCUGUGAUGCAACUAAUCUUGCCGUUUGAAUUUUAUUUUGGCAUCCCCAAAGUAAUUAUGUGUUCUUUUGAUGGAGGAGCCAGUCAUUUCCUGGUUAAGUAAUGUCUCAGUCGUAUGAGCAUAAUUUGAUUUUUACGUGGUGUUAUCUAUGAUCAUCAUGAUCGAUUUCCACUACUAGCUAUGUUUUUUACAAAAUCGAAGUAUGAUUGUGUUCCACAAUUAUGCUCUGUGCUCUACGUGGCAACCCUCAGAGGUGGGUUUGCUCUUGAAAUAAAGGGGUUUUGCAUUGAGUCCCAUGAUCAUCGACUGUAUGUGAAUACCCGAUUUUUUCUGUGUACGUAACUUAUGUGUCAUACGAAAUGGCAUAUAGUUGGAUGAUGACUUAUAGGAGAUGACUCAUAUGAUGAUCGUAUAUAGGCGAUUUCCAGCAUACAAAAUCCAUAUUAUAUCUCCAUGAUCGUUUAGUAUGUAUAAGAUUGCCCCAUGACAUGAAAUCUACUUGAUAUUUUUGCAUGCCUAAUUGAAGUGCAAUUGUUGUGAGACAUUUUAGUACAAUAUUUGAACAUUACUUCUCUUCAAUGGUUUGGUAUAAAUGCAUACUUCUCAUGAAAGAGAAAACUCAUAAUGUCAAACAGAAUAACGAUCAGUGAUGGGAUUUUUAUGUUGGUUGACUUCAGACCUGAAAACUAAUGAGGCAUACACAAGACCAUACAUUCGUGCACUUCUUUUGCUUUAACAUGCACCCUUAGGAGUAUAUGAUCAUGAAAAUUUUCAUUAUUAGCAUGGUAAAAAUAUCGAAUAUGCCAUAUUUACUCUUUUAAACUCCCAACAUCUUUCAAAUUUUGUACGAUUAUGUGCUUUGCUGGUACAUGAUCAGCCAACCCGUUUGGUUAGAAUGAUUACUAUAACUUGCUUCUGCAUCCUUCACAUUCAUAAUUGCCUUUAAAAAUAUGAUUUUUUUUUCUUGAUUACAUGCUUAGUGAUCUUUAACGUAAAUACAUCCUCGACUGCAUCGUAAUCUUAAGAGGAGCCGAUCUCCAGAUUUUCAGAAUCUCAUGCUGCAGAAUACCGAAGUUAUUUCUUGAUAUUCUACACAAAUGGUGAUUAUUUCACCAGUAUUCCUUUCGUGAAAGAUUUGAUAUUCUUGUAUUUUAUUUUCCUCUUAGCAAUAUUUCUGCUGCAACAUUUUUGUAUCAAAGUUAUUAUCUUGACGGACGUUUUUCGUAAAAUCAAGGCCAUAAGUUUUCUGUGGGACCACUCUGAAAGCACUCUUGGCUUCUGUUCUCCAGGCACUGGAUUCCUUCAACACAGCUAUUGUCUCUCCAAUUUAUUAUGUUAUGUUCACAACGUUGACAAUAAUCGCAAGUGCUAUAAUGUUCAAGGUACGCAAUCUAUUUUACGAUAGAGCUCAAACCUACUGUUGCCCAUUGAGUCUCGCCAUCAUCCUUUCUUAAUAAUGCUCCUCCAGGACUGGUCCAGCCAAGAUAUUAGCAGCAUAGCCUCAGAACUCUGCGGUUUCAUCACAGUUCUGUCGGGGACAGUCUUGUUGCACAGCUCAAGGGAACCGGAAGCGAAUCCAGCGGCAGGUAAAAUGGACUGAACAAGAUUACUCGAAUAAGAUCAGCCACUGCCAAACUUUCAAUAUAAACGGUUCAACUUCUGUGGAAACUUAGGCUAUAAUUUAACUAACACCCGCACCUCAUCUCUCUUGUGUGUGUUCCUUCAUAUUGCUCUUCAAUUGUUGUGAGAUGGUUGGAUAAAUAUUCGUGCUUCUACUAGCUGUCUGGUGAACAUAAAAAGGAACCAUGAAUCAUGUAUAAUAGACUCUAUCAAUCUGAGGAUUUUUGCUCAUCAAUACAAGACUAGAAUCAAAUCAUAAUUCAUCAAACGCCAUUACUGGUCGGUUGUUCCUUGAGCUAAUUGGCAUCCAUCUGGUAUCCGAUAGUUGUGAUAUGCUUGCUCCCUGUUUAUGGGCUCACCCAGUGGAUCAUAACGAGUGAAACCCAGGAUGUUACCACAUUUAGCAGGGAAAAUUCAUGAACUUGUGACUUCUAUCUCGGUGUAAUAGUCAACCAUCUUGUUAGUUCCAUCAUCGAAUACCAUAUUAUUCUAACCUCCCUGAUCUGGGCCUUUCUAAAUACGCUCGUCUGUUCUUUCAGCUUCAAUAUCUUGGUACAUUUGGAGAGCCAGCGAAGAUCUCUUGAAGAACAUCCACGACGACCAUUUUGUGAUCCUACACGGCUCAGACUACUACGAAUACUGUUGA